CACGACGUCGAAACGCAGAUCGCAUUGUGCUGCCAACGAGGGACCACUUAGUAAGUUGGCGGAGUGCAGCCUGUUUCAAAGACACAGCAGGGUCCAUGUCCGCCUCAACCGCUUCCUCGUCCAAUAUCCCUCCAGGUUCUCCGUCCUCAACAACAAGCACCCGCAGCGGACGCCUGAGGCGGCUCAGUCAACUGCGAUCCUACACCCAAAACCAUUUGGCGGCACACUCGUCCAGCGGCCAUCGUUCCUAUCGAAACACACUCACGAGGGUCGUCGGGCUUGCGUCGCCGUCGCACUCCAGCGGCGGGCCUGAAUCCCCGCCGCUCACGGGCAACAGCAACCAGGGUCCAUGUCCAGCUCCAGCUCCUAAUCGGACCACACCCUCUCCCGACCUGUCGGUCCCCUCAGCAGCCAGUUUCAGCGGAGGGUCAAGCUCCGAACUCCCAGCUCAAGUAUCCUCCGAAUCUUUACAAUCGAGUCCGUCCGACGAUCCAGAGUCGCAACCGUUGCGGGGUAUGACUCGACCUAGGACUGCAUCCUUCAACCGGCCAGAGUCCGCUGGUGCGGGGACGGGAGGUUCAUUAGAUGCAGCAACUCCUCUGAGAGCGGAUGUGCGGUCUUCUGAAUCGACGCCCCUGAACCAGGUGGGAGUGACAGACACACCAGCCUCUCCCGCCGCGGAAGGCCGUUCAGGAGGGUCGGGGUCGAAAUCGAAACAGAAGGCCACCAUCAGGUUCUAUGCAUACCAAGAUCCUCAUCAAAACUCCCGACCAUCGUUACCCUUCGCUCCUGUGACACGCGCUCUACCGUCCGAAGAUUCGAUCAUCCGCGUGGGCCGCUACUCUGAACGUGAAGGGAUUCCAGUGGCAAAUCCGUCUGAACCCUCUGAUGCACCAGUGGGCUUCAAGUCGAAGGUAGUGAGUCGGAAACAUUGCGAGUUCUCCUUUGUGAAUGGUCAGUGGCAUAUCAAGGAUGUGGGAAGCUCGUCGGGGACGUUCCUCAACCAUAUGCGGCUGAGUCAACCCAACAUGGUGUCCAGACUGUAUGCCGUCCGAGAUGGGGACAUAGUCCAGCUGGGAAUCGAUUUUCGAGGCGGAGAAGAGAUGAUCUUCCGCUGUGUUCGAAUACGGAUCGAAUGCAACCGCAGCUGGCAGCAGAGGCCUAAUGAAUUCAAUAAAAACACGGAGAGUCUUAUCAAUAAUCUUGGAAAGGGCACUACUGCUAAUUAUGCUGGAUGUCGAGAAUGCUCGAUUUGUCUGGGCUCUGUCUUGCGGCCCUACCAGUGCCUCUUCAUGGCAGCAUGCGCUCAUGUGUGGCAUUAUAAAUGUAUACGGCGCCUGAUACAUACGCCAGAGUAUCCUAUGUUCCAGUGCCCUAACUGUCGCGCCUACACCGACUUGAGCGCCGAAGUGGAUGACUCGAACGACUACGACGAGGAGGAGGAGGAGGCCAAACAAAACGUCCCCGUGAACAAUGAAGAAUCAACUCCGGAACCCGACUCGCGAAACGACAAUAAUCAUCCUGGUGAUCGAUCAGAGCCUACCGAGAACAGUGUUCAGCAACAGGGAUCCUCGACAGACGGAGAACUUGCCGCCAUGGCCCAGAAUGUGCACCUAGAAGGACAAAGUACCCCAAAUAUGGAAGCAGCGAAUGGUCACAGCUCCACUACUACACCACAAGAUUCACCGGGUAACAACGUCGAACGCAGCGCCAGCAUCGAUAUACCUGGCUUGCAAAGCCUCUACCAGUCUCCCGGCGGCGCUCGCUAUCGGCGAGGUCAGUCAGGUGCGGACAGCCCUGUUGCUGCGGACACCUUCGAGGAUAACCCGUUGACGCCGCGAAACGAUUCCGGUCCUUUGGCAUUCGAUGGGCGCGCAGGCAGGUCGUGAGGACCGUCUCCCUCCGUUGCGCGUAGUUUUCUCACUCUCCCUUUGUACGUGGGCAUUACGGAACAUAUU